CCAAAUUUUCCUAGCGGCGGUGACUCACCCAAUGCCAAUCACAGAGGACGGACCAUAUAUAGGCGACCGCUCGACACUUCCCCUAACACGUUCGAUACGCGUCCCUCCAAUUGAUUUCACCAUUCUCCCCUGACCAUGUCGAAGCCCACCGUCCUCGUUACGGGCUCAGCCGGGCACCUCGGCAAAGCGCUGAUGCUCGCGCUGCCCGACCUAGGCUACACCCCCAUCGGCAUCGACAUCAACGCUAGCCCGACCACCACCUUCGUCGGCUCCAUCACCGACACGGCCUUCCUCUCCCAGAUCUUUUCCACCCACUCCAUUUCCCACGUCAUCCACGCCGCGACGCUGCACAAGCCGCAUGUCGGCUCGCACUCCAAGAACGAUUUCAUCCAGACCAACAUCGCCGGCACCCUCGCCCUGCUCGAGGCCGCUUCCUCCUCCUCCUCCUCCUCCUCCUCCUCCUCCUUCUCUGAUGAGAACGUGGGUAAAACCAAACCAAAAACAGUAGAAUCCUUCAUCUACAUCUCAACCACCUCCACCUUCGGCUCCGCCCUCUCCCCCUCGCGAGGCCAGCCCGCGGCGUGGAUCGACGAGUCUGUCGUGCCGGUGCCGAAGAACAUCUAUGGCGUCACCAAGACGGCCGCGGAGGACGUGUGCCGCCUGGUGCACAGGGAGACCGGCCUGCCUGUGAUUGUGCUGCGCACGAGCCGGUUCUUCCCGGAGGAGGACGACGACGAGGAGCGCAGGUCGGCCAUGGAGGGGGAGAACCUGAAGGUGUUGGAGCUCGCGUAUCGCAGGGUCGAUAUCGCCGAUGUGGUUUCUGCGUGUGUCUGUGCGAUGGAGAGGGCGGCGCGUCAUACUAAUACUAAGGGGCAGGUGAGGUGGGGGAAGUAUAUCAUUAGUGCGCCGACGCCGUUUGGGAGGGAUGCAGAGACGCUGCGGGGGUUGGAUGAGGAUGCUGCCGAGGUGUUUAAGAAGGCUGUGCUUGGGUGUGUGGGGGUGUUUGAGCGGAAGGGGUGGAGGUUUUUGGACAGGCUGGAUCGGGUGUAUGAUUCCACGCGGGCGGUCGAGGAGCUGGGGUGGAAGCCGGAGUACACGUUUGAGAAGGCGGUGGAGAAGGUCGGGAAGGGGGAGGAGUGGAGGAGUCCGUUGACGUUCAAGGUGGGCAAAUUGGGGUAUCAUGCCGUGCCCACCGGGGUGUACACCACCAGAGAAGAGGCGACGAUGACUGAGUGACAAUUCCCUUGGGGCCUGGUGCUAGUCGGCUGCAAUGGGCUUUAGGAUUGGAAUCAAUGCUUCAGUGAAGAGGGGCCGUGGUGUAAUAGAAUCAAACAGCAUCCGGAGAAGGAAGCGGAAGGACAAUUCACC